AUGCGUCCCCUCGUAACUGCGGCAGGGGCAGGUAGUCUGAGUAGCUUACUGGUCUCUUUGGCUGGGGAUUUACUGAGGGAUACACCACACGUUCUUCCUACACCAUCCGAACUUUGUUCUGUUCUACCCCCUCUACCUGAGAUUUGGUCACCUGAUCCUUAUUCAAUUGUUAUUGGAUUUGCUGCUGGGAUCACGGUGGGUUUUCUCGUUGGACCUUUGUUUGAUUUGCUGGUGGUCAUCCGACUUGCCUGGGCUCGGUUCAUUCGAGCUCGCCUCGGCCUAGGAGCCGGCUACUCAGAGACAGAGGCUAGGAGUGAGGUCACAAGGUCGUCUCAGUCAAGUGCAGGUAGAACAGUGGAAACAGAGGACACAGAGGGUCGAGCGGCAUUAGCGAAAGAACUUGGUCAGUUUUUACGCCGUUGCCUCUCAGGUGAACACCGCGGCACCUCUGGCCGAGAUCGCCUGCGGCUUCAGAACCGCUUCUACAUUGUUUGUGCCGACUAUCAUGGCAAGGUCCUUCCUGAGCCUUUGUUUUUAGACAAUUUUGCAUCAUCUCUUCUUGUUUCUGAGACUGGCGAGGCCAAGGUAGAGUAUCAGCCUUGCCAUUUGGUUACACAGACUGAAGGUGAGGAAUGCAUCAUCAAUUUGGUGCCAAUAGCAUUGCAUCAAGGAAAGCUUCUUGUGGCCGCUCCUGCCGAAGCGUGGAGCCGCACAGUGGCAGAUCGGCUGCUGCCAAAGAAUUCAUUCAAGAAGCCAGUUUUGGUAGAAGUUUUGACCGCUACGGUUACCGCACCCGAAGAGCUGCGAGCCGAAGCGCCUAUGAAUGUGUGGGUAGGCCUUUUGGAAAGAGUUUGGAGCAUGCAGUUGGAGCCAGGCCGCCACGAGCUGCCCACAGCAGACAUCUGGCAUCUUUUGCCCGAUGGAGACCACAGCAUUCCAUACGGGCCCGGAUUGGCCCAAGUUUCAGAAGAGCAUUUUGCCUUUCUGACGGCUCAGAGUGGGGAAGCCGCCGAAGGAGCGCUAGAGCGCUUAGCAGGGGAGCCGGCUCGGCCCCCGGCUCUGCGAAAGCCAGGCGUGAAACCAGCCAACCCCACUCCGGCGAGAUUGCGAGCAACAUUUGCUCCAGGCACCAUUCCAGGAUUAGACCCGACCGUGGUCCAGUCAGCUCUGGACGCUGGCAUACCAGAAGAGCAGCUGCGCACUUUGAGCGGCUUGCUGCAGAAACCGAACCAGAUGGGAGAUGCGCCUUUGCCAGGCACCAGCAGCAGACGACGCAAGAGCGUCUCAGUAGAAGCCGACAGAGAAGACGGCCUCGGCUUGGAGGAGGACGGCCUGCCAGACGAGAAGGUUGGCACGGGAGAUCCCGUAGAGCAGGCACUGCUGAAGCUGACAGAGAUCGUCGGUACUUUGGCAAAAGACAAGAGGCCGCGAGACCUCGACGCCAUGCUCGACGGCUUAGAUCCAGAAGCAGGAGAGGCUUCGAGCUCUGGGUCCGGAAAAUACAAAAAGCUGCAGAGCAGCUUGACCGAGAAUCCAGCGGUGAUCUACCAGACCAUCGAAGCGCAGCUGGAGAAAGACUUCAACCUGAUGCGAGCGGCUCCAGGAGCCACGAUGCAGCAGACCUCAGCCAGAGCCUGGCUGGAGCAUCGCUCGCGACUCGGGUAUUACCCGACCACGAUCCGCUAUGCUUGGGCCCUGACGGGCAUUUGGGACGCGCUCCGCAGUGGGGCCGUCAAAGAAGCCCGAGCCCGCUGCGCGCUGGCUGUGGCGGCCUGCGAUCAGUCUUCCAUCGACCAAGGCAGCUGGCUUCUCAGCCAAGAAGUCCUGUUGGAGCAACCAGCUCUCCUGCAGUCGUUUCAGGGCCGCAGGAGCCCGGAACCUUGGGAGCAGAGCGGGUCGAAGCUUCUGGACGAACGCUGGUUGGAAGUCUUCAUGUGGAGGCUGAAGAGCAAGGACAGCUAUCUGGAAUCCAGGAAGCGCCUGACUCAGACUGGAGGAAAAGGGAAAGCCGAUGCGGGAGGAGGAGCCCCGCCCAAGGCAGAUCGCGACAAAGACAAAGACAAGCAGAAGAAAGGCAAUCAGAAGGGCAAAGAAGGCAAGAAGGAGAAGGGUCCGCUGGAGGUGCCUGGAGCAGGCGCUACCAGCGUUUUGGGCUAUGAACUAUGGAAUGGCCUUUUUACCGCGCUUUCUCGAGGGAGAUCGCGCCUGAAACUUGCUUGGUUCCACGCCAGGGCAUCCCGUGCUCAAGCUCGAGCACCACUUGGGGUACUGUGGCCUUUGCCGGUCCCCUUUCCUGAGCUCCAUAGAAAAGGAGCAAACCGUGGCCAAAAGGACGCCAGUAGAAAGCUUGGCUUGAACUACUGCGUCAUCGUCCUCAACUACCUGCAUGGCUCCGAGCGCCACUGGAAGUCAGUGAUUCCUCCGCUUGGCACACCGCUGAAUGGUUCCCAGUGGGAUUUGGUGCGGAGGCUGAGGCGACAUGUAGAUGUUUGGAAUGCAGAAGAGGUUGUGACAAGCGCGGAAAUGGGCAGAUCCGCGACAAAAGUUGAAAGCCUUGAGGAUGUGCUGAACCAGCUGCAAGCAGAAGCUGAGAUCGUGCACUCCGGCCUCAAGAGCUAUGGCAGUAAAGCACAGGAGAGACUGAGGACUGAUUGGGGCAUGAGAGGGGCACCGGGAAGCGUUGUUGGUAAACUAGAUGUUGCUCCUGCUCAUCCUGCAAAAGUUCUUGAACCUGAUCGGCUGCAGUUUUGGGGGGAACCUUCUUUUGAUCCGCGACCCUUUAUGGAUCCGGCCAAUGUCUCGAUGUUUGAGUUCCCCUUGCAGCAUGCUAUCGACCCUGCUGAGCUGCCAGAGCCUCCACCCAGAGUCAGAGUUAGGUGCCCGCCUACUGAGAGGUUAGCCUUUUUGCAGAAGUUAGACGCCUGCAAGCGUUUGGCCCUCAGGCCUACCCGGACCAUCCGGGAAGGGUUCCAGAAUGGUGUUUUUGCCAUUCCCAAAGAUGAGCAGCGGGAUCGCAUGGUUUUAGAUGCGCGGCCCCCAAAUGCACUGGAGCAGUCAGAGCAGCGUUGGAUCAAAUCUCUUGCUGGACUUCACCAAUUGCACCAUUUCUUUUUGCAGAAGGACGAGUGUUUGUACUUGUUUGCGGAAGACUUGCGUGAGUUCUACCAUGCUUUUGUGAUUUCAGAAGAGAGGAUCCUGCGAAAUGCUUUAAAAAUGAGCUUCAGGCCAUGGGAGCUGAAGGCUUUAGACUGUUUUUCACAGAAACUGCUGCGAGAGAAGAGCGUCACUCCUUGCCUAAAGACCAUGGCUAUGGGCGACACCAAUGCCGUCGCGUUUGGGCAAGCUUCGCAUCUGGUGGUUCUCCUACAAAGUGGUGCUUUAGAGUUGGACCACUUCAUUACGUUGUUUGGUAGACCACCUAGACAAAGGUGGCUGGCUGGGCUCAUGAUCGAUGACCUAGUCCUUUUAGAAGCCAGGCCUGACCAGGCAACUGAGGAGACAGAAGCCAGGGCGGCGUAUGCUGAGCUAGACUGCAGCCAGCGAAUCCGCCAAGUGCGAGAACAGUAUGAGAAAGUGCGACUUCCGAGACACUCAGGUAAGGCUGUUUUCAAUGAGACGAGAGGCAGUUUUUGGGGAGUGCAGAUGGACGGUGUGGCAGGUGAUUUGCGCCCAAAUCUGAAGCGCGGCAUUCCGUUGAGUCACAUUAUUUUGCGAGUCCUGAAUCUGGGCUGCUGCACAGUCGCGCUUCUAGAAGUGAUAGCUGGUUCUUUGGUUUCAAUUUUCUCUUUGCGGAGGCGCUUCAUGAGCGUUUUGCAGGAGAUCUAUGAGGCUCAGAAAAAUCGGCAGAGAAACGAAAUUGUCUGUUUUUCGCCGGAACUGCAAGAUGAGCUGUUUUGCGCAUUGGGCCUUGUUUCUCUCACUCAUCUAGACAUGCGGCUUCGCCCUUCUGACUAUUUGGUUGCUUCUGAUGCAUCUUCCACUGCAGAGGGAGCUGUAGCCACAAAGAUAGGACAGAAAGCCACAGAGGCUUAUUUGAGAGAAAAAGGGAUCGAGGACUUAGAAGCCUGCGAGUUGCCCGAAGGAGAGUAUGACAUGCAUCCUCUCUGGCAGGAAAUCGUUGUCGAACAGGGCAAGAAACAGCCAGACAGUUUCUAUUUGCAUUUGCAAGACUCUCAAGUCUCUCUCGCUGCUCUCACAAAGGGCAGGUCUUCUUCUCGAUCUGUCAAUGCCUUGAUCAGGCAAUCCAUUCCAGAUGCCGUAGCUUACAACAAUAGAGCUUUUUAUGGAUAUGUCAGAUCUCGUUUGAACCCUGCUGAUGACCCCACCAGAGACGUUGUCAUCCGCGCACCUGUCAGGACUGAAGCUGAAUGGCUGGCUGACCUGAAAGAGGGCGAGUACGACAAGCUUGAGGCAGCCUUAGCGCAAUGGGAGCUGUCCAUCUCUGACCUUCGCCAGCUGCCUGACGAAUGCGAGCUGCUUGCGCCUGCGCCGGUCGAUAGGAGGACGGGCCUAGAGGCCAGAAAGCAGAGGAGAAAAGACCUGCGCAAGCAUGCAGCUGAGUUGAAAGUGAAGGCAGUCAGUGCAGCUCAGCACGAGCUGAAAGAACGGCAGACCGACAGUUUGAGUGAGGAAGCACUUGCAGUCCUCCGUAGUUUCCCUGAAGAUCAAUUUAUUUGGCACCAGAGGUUUGCUUCGCUUGAGGAUGCUCUGCAAAGUGGCGCAGGAGUGCUAGAUUUGUUUUCAGGGUCCAGAGGUUUUGCUCGUGCUUGCGUGCAGAUGGCAGAGACUUGA